AUGAGCUCCCAGGGCUUUUCUUUCCCACCACCUCCACCUCCUCCUCCGACUGUCUCCCAGCAACAUCCAGCAUACCCCUCUGCACAGUAUGGGAAUGGCCACUGGAAUGGGCGAGGAGCAGGUGGACGGGGUCGCGGGCGAGGCCAUAUGAACCGAGGCCGCGCUGGCCAUUACUCUCCCGACGCUGGUCGGCCUUCGUACAAUCCUCCGAGUCACAACUCUACACCAGGAAAUUAUGGAUACCCGCCUCAUCCUAUGUCCGCAACGUCGUACAUGCCUCCCACACCCUACUCUCAUGCGCAAACAAACUACCAACACCCUUCGAACCCUCCCUCCUACCCACCUCAACAUUUCCCACAGCCCGCUGGAUCGGCACCCUACCAACCACUACCUGGCUAUAAUAGCGCCAAUCAUGCACACCCUGGUUCUUACUCUGCACCACCUGCGCCAGCAUACUCCCCGGUUCCGACUCCCCAGCACGCCUCACCGCAAAAUACUCCGGUGAUUAUGGGCUCACUCCACUGGGGCGCCGAAGCGCCGCCAUCAUACGCCGGUCCACCCGGAGGACAUGGACAUGGGAAUGGCAAUGGAAAUGGACAUGGCCGCGGUGGACACCGAGGUUCCCACCAUGGAAACCAUGGAAAUCAUGGACCCAAGUCGCGAUACCCAGGCAAACGAGACCAUGCAUCUGCAUUUAAUAAACCACAGUCCACGGUGCCUAAGGUCCCUGCCCCGCCGCCUGUUCCAAGUUUUGGGAAUCCUUUGCCAUGCAAACCACCCCCCGCGGUAGAUGCCACUCGCCAGCCGAAGAAGAGGAAGAGGAAGCACAACCUGCUUGGAUUAACGCCUAAAACGGACGAACAUGAGUCUAGCGAGGAAGAGGAGCAUGUGGACGAGGAAGCCAAAGCUGCAUCCGAUGCUGGACCAUUACAAUUUACCUACAAAGGCAGAACGGCCACCCUGCAGUCCCCUACCGAUAUCGCCGCGUGGAUUGCAGAACGAAAGAAGAAAUUCCCCACACAAGCUCGGAUCGAAGAAAAGAAGAAGGCCGCUGAAGAGGCGAACGCCGCCCGAGAAGCAGCCCGAGAAGCGGCGCGCCGGGAGAAGGAGCAAGCGAAGGCCAAAGAAAUAGAAAAACAAAGUCCCCCAUCAAACACUGGGCGAAAGCUCAGCGACGCCCAAGCGGACCCAGCUCUAGAAGAGGCCAAACGGGCACAGCGCAAGGCAGACAAAAUCCGGCGCACCCUGGACCGAGAGCAGAAACGCUUUGCCAAAGCCGAAGCUGAAGCAGAAGCGGCACGCCUCAAAGUUGCGGCGCUACAAAAAAAGGUGUUGGGCUUGAAACAAGAUCAGCCAAAUGGCGCACCCGCCGAAUCUCUGGGUCUUUCAGCCUCAUCGGAUGGAGUGGACCCCAUGAUGGCUACCACGGACACAGCGAAGGAACAAACGUCUUUAUCCGUCACUAAUACUCAAAAUACUACGGUGGCGCCUGAUGGUGUGGAUGCUAUGGAUCUAAUGUCCGAUGGCUCGGACAACAGCGACUGGACUUCCUCUAGCGGCUCCGAGUCUGACAGUGACUCGGACUCCGGCAGCGAUGAUUCUGCGCCAGAGGCUAUUAGUUCACGGCGCGAGGGACCCGAGCGGGUGGCCCCACCUCCUCGUGAAGGCAAGAAGCAAAGCUGCCGUCAUUUUGCUCGCACUGGGCAGUGCAAUCGGGGCGACAAAUGUAAAUUCUCCCAUGAUGCUCCCAAACAAGGACCCAAGAGCAAGCCCGUUGAAAAGAAGGGACGUAAGGGACUUUUUCAAGCUCUGGUUGAUCAGCAAAAGACCGAGGAAGACAAGCGGGCAAUGGAGAUGAUUCUCUGGCUCGGCCAGAAUGGUUUACUGGAAGCGACCGCGAACGCCCCGCAAAUGGGUGCUUAG